CAUCUCCAUCUUACCCAGUGUCUCCUCUCAAGUUCAUGAGUUUUAAUCUCUCACCACAUUUUCUUCAUUUGACUUCCUUUUAAUGUUUGGCUUCUGUGUUUUUUUAAUUACUUGAGAUUGUGACAUCAGUCCUGCCUAGUCAGACUUCAAGAAAGUGGUGAACUCUCCCAAAUCUGGGUUUACUUUCAAGACAAGAGUUUUUCUGAUGGAUUGAAAUGGAUUCACCUCAAAUCAGAGAUGUCAGCAGUUUCCCAAGACACCCUUGUUUUCAGCUUGUCUUAAUGAUGGACACUGUCCUUAGUACAUGAUGAGGGAUCAUUUUGGGAAGACCCAAAGAUGCCCAUUACCCAGGAAAAUGCUGGAUGUCACCUCUCUCUACUGGAAUGCUGGCUAAACACCCAGGCAGCACAAGAUCCAAGAAAUUCUAAACCACAUGUAUGCCAGGCAGCUGUCCAGAAACUGGUGGAAUACAUCCAGCUAAACUUUAAUGAUGGGGCCAGUGCUCUACAGAUUUGCACUGAGAGGGAGGGUAUGGAUCUGGAGGUGCGGGCUGUUUUUCUUACCAAAUCAGAUGAAGAUGAUGGAGAGUUUGGGUUGAGCUUUGGCAACAUUCCUAUUUUUGGUGACCCUGAAGGGAGGAAGAAGGGUGGAAGGCGACGACGUAGAAAGGGAGACAGAGGACCUGUUCUCGAUGUGGGAUGUAUUUGGGUGACAGAAGUGAAGAAACAGAGCCCAGCAGCAAGGUGUGGAGAAAUCAAGCUGAGAGAUGAGCUUCUUUCUCUCAAUGGGCAGCUAAUGGUUGGAGUCGAUGUAACUGGAGCAAGUUAUCUAGCUGACCAGUGCUGGAAUGGCGGAUGCAUCUACUUGAUCAUGCUGCGUCGUAUCAAGCGUAAAGCUCCUCUUCCUCCUUGCAAUGGCAGCAGUGGUAUUGAACAUAAGACCAGCAUAUCUUCAGAAACCGGAGGUAGUCCUGUCCAAAAUGGGAAGAGAACCCGCAAGUUUGGUGUUAUAUCUCGCACCACCUUCACACGAGACAGCAAGGAGAACAGGGAUUCAGAUCAUGAAAAUGGAUACUGUACUUCCAUGGCUUUGGAAACAACAAGCCCAGAAGAGGAGCACUGUGAGGAGAAGUUGAGCUCAAGCCCAGAACAGCAAAUUCUUAAUGGAGAUACCGCCCUGGCAUUGACCUGUGAGCCUUCGAGAAUCCGCCAAUUAGAAGGAAGGAAAAUGGACUCCAUUAGUAGUGAACACCCUGGCCACCCACAGUCAAGAGAAGGGAGUCGGAUAUGGAAAAUGCAUAUAGUAAAAGGACAAGAUGGUUUGGGUAUCCAAAUUACAGGUGGACGAGGUUCAAAGAAGUCUCCACAUGGCAUCAUAGUGGCCCAUGUCGAGGAUGGUGGAGCUGCUGAAAGGGAUGGAAGACUGAAGGCUGGUGAUGAACUGUUGAUGAUCAAUGGCCAGUCCCUGGUUGGUCUUUCUCAUCAAGAGGCAGUUGCAAUUCUGAGGUCCACUGCUGGCCUUGUUCAGCUCGUUGUUGCUAGUCGGGAGGAAUCUCAAGUGGACUUUCACAAGUAUCCCUCCAGCAGUCUUCCAGACUUAGUUAGUACAUGCGCAUCCCUUGGCAUUUGCCCUUCUCCUACAGAGAAUAAAGAAAAUAUGGCGCCAGAUGUGGAAGAUUUAUCAUCUAGCUGCCUUUCUUUGUCAGCUCAAGACUCGAUUUCGGAAACAGAUAAGCUUCAAGACCACGGGCGGACUGAAGAGCCAAAAGGAUGCUGCAGAAGUCCAAUACCAAUGAAAUUCCGAAGUCGUUCCCAAGGUGGAGGAAGUCGCUUAGAGUCAGUAGGAGAAGAUGAUGAGCUGGUUGUUGAGAAUGGGGAUCUUAGCUGUGACUCACCAGACAAGCCUACACGAGGAGGCCGCAAGCAUUCCCUCCCUCAACAGCUUGACACAGUGGGCAUUCGUCAGGAAUAUCAAAUCAUAAAGAAGUCGUCUCGCUCUCUCAGUACUGCUCAAGUUGAGUCUCCAUGGAGACUUGCCCAGCCUUCAAUUAUAUCCAACAUUGUUUUGAUGAAAGGGCAAGGCAAGGGCCUUGGGUUUAGUAUUGUUGGCGGUCAGGACUCAGCACGUGGACGAAUGGGAAUUUUUGUGAAGACAAUUUUUCCCAGUGGUGCGGCUGCUGCAGAUGGAAGGCUUAAGGAAGGGGAUGAAAUUCUAGAAGUGAAUGGUGAGUCUCUACAGGGGCUGACCCAUCAGCAAGCAAUCCAGACCUUUAAGCAACUGAAGAAGGGUGUUGUAACACUGACAGUGCGGACUCGACUACGUAGUCCUAGCCUCACUCCCUGUCCAACCCCCACAUUGCUGAGCCGUUCCAGCUCUCCCAACUCUAACACCAGUGGGGGUGGCACUCCAGUUCUCCUUGGAUCUGAAGAUGGAGAUGCUUUAUCCCGAAAGGGUCCAGGUCCCAAAGAUCGCAUCAUUAUGGAAGUAACACUCAACAAAGAGCGUGGAGUUGGAUUGGGAAUUGGAGCUUGCUGCUUGACUCUAGAGAAUAGUUCCCCUGGGAUUUAUAUCCAUAGCCUUGCACCAGGGUCAGUGGCAAAAAUGGACAGCAGACUCAGCCGUGGAGACCAGAUUCUUGAAGUGGACUCUGUGAGUCUGCGGCAUGCAGCACUGAGCGAAGCCUAUGCCAUUCUUAGUGAAUGUGGACCUGGACCAGUUAGUCUGAUUAUCAGCCGGCACCCAAAUCCUAAGGUUUCUGAGCAGGAGAUGGAUGAAGCUAUUGCACGCACCACUCACAGAGAAAGCUUAAGUAAAGAAGGACAUUCUCCUCAUAUACUAGGCCCACUCUCCAAAAGCCCAUCUCCAACUGUAAAAUCAAAGCAAAGUGAUGGCUCAUCCUCUCUCAGCUGGACAUUGAAACGCUUUCUUGAACCAGUAAGCAGGCAAGGAUCAGUUAGUUCUGAAACUGAGCUCUCUCAGUACUUUUCACAUGACAUCCCCAGUCAAUCUUCUUUCUCUGAUACCUUGGGAACAGGAUCAAGUGAUGAAGAGCAGCUCCGGCAUAAAAGCUGUGAUACUUCUUUAGACGAAAAUUCAAAUCUACCCAUCAGCUCAGUUGAUUUUAAAGAUCCAGCUUCAGUCACCAUGGAUGCAAGCCAUAUUUCACCUGGGAUUAAUGGGAAUGCAACAGGUCCUGCAAGGAGACAUGUGGAUAUUGUACAGCAGAAAAGUGUAAUCAAUAGUCCUAUCUCUGUGCGCAGCCCUUUGCUGAGACAGAGGCAUGUAAUAUGCUAUGAAGAUGAUAUGAGUGAUGAUGAAGAUGAUGAUAUGUCACAUGCAGAAAAACGUGGCUCCCUCCUCAGGUUUAGGAGGCCUCUUAAAGCUGGCAUAAAAGGAUGCAGUAAUACAGUAAAGAGUAUGCCAGAAGAUGAAUCUGGAAUAAUAAUUGCUACUUCUUCUGUUGAAGUAGAUGAUGAAAGUCAAGACAGUAGUGAGAUGCAUAGAAACUUUAGUGGGGAAGUGCCUACAUCACUCUGUGGAAGCUCCACUGAGUCAGCGGAUGGAAAAAUAGCAGACCAACCAUCACAUGGUUCUGAAUCUCCUUUCAUGCCAAUCCGUUCUUUUGAAUAUGAAGGUAGCAAUAACAAUAACCUUGGCAUUAAAAAGGAGCAUCAGUGGGAGGGUCAAUUAGAAUCAAAACGUUCACCCAAAUUAGAGCAUAAGGCUGUCACUAGAGUCAAAAGCAUGAUGAGCAUUGAGUGUCCAAAUGUGUCUCAUCGAAUGAAGAAUGAGGACCACAAUUGCCAGACUGCAAACAAGGUGAUGGCUCGACCUUUACCCCACAGCAAAAAACUUGAAGGAGAUGAGAUCCUAGGGGCCUAUUACUUUGAAACAGUUCAGAUAGUAAGGAAAGAGUCUGAGUCAUUUGGUCUUGACUUGGAGAUCAAACCGGUGCCUUUGAAGAUGGUGAUAACAGGCUUAAGGCCAGGUGGUCCAGCUGAAAGGGAAUCCUCAGGAAAGCUGAGCCCUGGCGAUGAGAUUGUAGCGAUUGGGGGCACAUUGAUCAGCUGUAUGUCCUACCAAGAUCUCUGCAACCUCAUGCACAGUCUGCCCAUCACGCUGACAUUUGAAGUCAAGAAGCCAGUGUCUGCUGUCGAUAGAUUAUCCAGCCUAAUGAUGUCAUCAGUUUCUGAUGGACCACCAAGAUCAGAUCACAUUUCUCUUUUAAGUACCGAACAAAACGCUGCUGCCAGUUUCCUGAAGGAGCCCUCUGACCAUCAAGAGUGUACAAAUUAUGGUUCUGUGCUGCCACCUGAAGAUGAACCUGUAAAAUUGCAAGACAUUAAAACUGAUUCAUUACAGAAGAAUGAAAAAAUAGACAAUCCAGUUACUUACAUUGAUGAUUUUAUAAAUGAACUUGCCUCAAAAGAGGAGUCUCCUGAGACAUUAUCCUCAGCAAAUGAAAUAAAUGCACAGGAAAUCCCUAAUUCCUGCACAUUAAGCAAUUUGACACCUUCAAGCAAUCGCGAUGUAUCACAGACACUACCGAAUAGCCUUGACUUUUCAGUUUUGGAUGCUGGCAAUACCAACAAGUUAUUCAACGUAAACAAGGGCUUUUUAAAUAACUAUUCCCGAAACUUUAACAGUCUGUCUGAAGAAGUGUUUAGUCAUUUGAAAUAUGUGGGAGAGCAUGAAGACAUGGGAAAAUCAAUGUAUGACAAGGCCGAAGAUAGCGAUUCAGAAACGGAAAGCCUGGAAACACCAGUCAAAUGCCAAACUUCCCUGCAGAUCACAGAUUCAGAUGAGGAGCAGGUUGAAAUUUGCUAUAGUGUGUCUCUCAACUCUGGUGGAUAUUGUGUAGCUAAAGAUGAAGACAGUAGUUCAACAAAAGAUGGUAGUUCACUUCAAUUUAUGGAGCCUACUCUUUCAAACUCAGAAGCCAAUUUCUGUAAAAAGAAACUGAUCAAGACCCACUCAGAGCCACUGCAGGUUUCAUCUUCAGUUUUGGAGCAAACAGACAGACAGAGCAGUGAAGCAGUUGUGGGAUCCAGUAUAACCAAAGUGACACACUCUCCAAACUUCACUUUCAAGCCCAGCAGUGCAUUUUACACUCCAGGUAAAGACUUUUUGAUCAACGAUGAAAUUAAAAAUCAGUCUUUCGCAGAUGUUCUGUCAGCUGUUGAUACUGACAGGCUACAUAACCCUGAAGACACUGACUUAAGUACUUGUGGAAAAGAUAUGUUACUGGAAAAAACACAAGUUACAAAAGAGGAGAACUAUGAAAUGUGCAAAGAGUCUAUUAUACCUGUUGAAGUUUUUCCUUCUUUAGCAGCUCCAUCACUGUUAUCAUCCCCACCAUCAGUAACUGAUUCAAACAGUGUAGCUGUUAACACCACUAAGGUGGGCACAAAAAAGAUGCCUGCUUUAAGCGGAAAAGAGAAAGUCAAGGAAAAGGGAAUGACCACAUAUGGUCCAAAAAUAUCUUCUUCUCAUAUGUUAACCAACCAGAGUCACAGGGCAGUUCAGAUGUCAAGUGAAUCAACAAAUAUCGCUCAAGCAAACAGCAAAACAAAACUACAAGAAAAAACCCAACGGUCAAAUACAGCACCCAAACUGAAAGGGCUUUGCAUUAAAAGUAAAAGCAGAACACAAGAUCUCUCGAAAAGUGAAAUCACAAAAUCUGAAGGGUUAUCUCAAAAGAAGACAUCUGUCACUCAGCAGCAGUCACCUAAGCUCCAGGCCAAAAGUGUGUCUGUGACUUACAGCUUGAAAUCAAGUAAGCAGUCAGAAAAGGAAUCGCCGGCAGAUGGAAGUGCAGACAUUGACCACCCGAAAGAAAGCAACACAUUGGAACUGGCACAUUCACACAUUAAUACUACUGUAGAUAAAAGCGAAAUACUAGCCCAAACUAAUGGGCCCUUGAAGGGUGUUAAGGUGACAUGCAGGAAAUCAGAAGCCCUUAAUUUACAGGAAGAUGUUGCUCCAUCAAUUGUCCCUCUUAAGGAGCAGUGUGAAGCAGCUUUACCACAAAGAAGUUUCAUUGAAGUCCGACUUUCAUCAUCUUCUUUAUUGUCAUCUUCCAUUACACCACUGUCAGUGUCACAUUCAGAACAUGGAGGAAGCACUGAAAAACAUAAAACACUUGAUAUCCAUGAUCCAUGUCCCACAAUGCACUUGGAAUGGAAUUGUGCAUGUGACCGUGAGAAGGCCAGUGAUAAACCUCAUAUGCAGCAAGAUAUGAUUUGUACGAUGGCCACCGGGUUAUCUUGUGAAAACGCUUCUUCAUGCAUGUCAGGUGAUGAGCCUAAGCACGAGCUGCAGACUUUGAGUGUGGUCAAGGUGGCAGAACUAGAUGCACAGAAUUUGCCUACCAAUAAGGUUCUUGUUAACACCAGACAAUCUGUGGAUGUUUUGAAAGGUUCAAAGAAAACAGAAAAUGAUGAACAAAUAAAGUUUAAUAGGUUGAAAACAGAUAUCAUGAAGACGGAAAGAAGGAGUUAUUCCACUGAUGGUUCUCUGCCUUCAGAUCAUAAUUCUUUUUCUGUACGGCAAAGGAUCAAGUCAUUUGAAAACCUAGCUAGUUUUGAUAAGCCAGUUGUAAAAGCCAUAGAACUACAAUCUUCCAGUCUGGCCUCCAAACCUCCAAUUGGCAGGAGGUCCUCAGGCAGCAUCAUUUCCCCUAGUGUUGCCAACCAUUCAGUAGAUGGAAUGCGCUCUUUGAGACGGAGUUUAAGCUCGUGUGCUGAAGGUUCCAGUGAAGCCGCUUUGACAUCCCCUAACCUGAUUAAGUCACCAUCCAUUGUAACACUUGACAGCUAUGAAUCCAUUGCUACAGAGAAUAUGAGUGAAUCUCAGAAUACAAGGGAAGCAAGUAAUUUUCCUGGUAAUGGUCAAGAUGCUAUGCCAAACACUCCUCCAGUGACUCGAAGCAGAAAUCUGAGGGGUCAGUCAUCUUUGUCUCGGUCUAGACUCAGGGAGAUUAGGGCUCUGAGUAUGCCCGACCUAGACAAAUUGUGCACUGAGGACUUUUCCACAGAACCUAGCAUUGUCACUUUUAAAACUGAACUGGAAAUUAGACCUAGGCGAUUUCAGGAUGCUCCGACUGAAAGCCUCAGUAGUCUAAUCUCCACAUCAGGGCAAGUGAAGGUAAACAGAACUUUGAAGUGCAGUUUAAGCAGUGGCACUGGGACAUCUGGGUCUAUUUCUGAUGAGGAAACUCCUCAAGAUAAUUCAGACCAAUCUUUAAAUAAGAGCUGGUCGAUCAGUCUUAUCGAAUUAUCAUUUUCUACACUUGACCAAAGCAGACUUCAGAGUGUUUUGACCUUUUUGAUGUCUAAAGCAAAUGUGGAAUCACUAAUCGAGGAGGCCAAGGCUCUGUCUGAGGGAAAAGAAGAAAUUAUCUUUGUAGUUCUGGUCAAAGAAGAAGGUUCAGGCCUGGGUUUCAGCAUUGCAGGAGGUGUUGACUUGGAGCAAAAGUUUAUAACAGUUCAUCGAGUGUUUUCAAAGGGUGCAGCCAGCCUGGAGGGAACAAUUCAGCGAGGAGAUCACAUUAUCUCAAUCAACGGAGUUUCCCUGACAGGAUCCUCUCAUGGCGAUGCUCUUUCAGCCUUGCACCAGGCCCGACUGCCAACGCAGGCGCUAGUAGUUAUUAGAAGGUGGAUGGAGGCGCUGCCAACAUCGUCCAGACAAGAAGAGGCAAAUUUGAGAACAAGACUGACACAGUCAGCAGGAAAGACUUCAGAUUUAGAUGUGAGCAAUGCUGUGAAGGUGGAACUUCAAAAGACAUCUGCUGGCCUGGGAUUCAGCCUUGAUGGAGGCAAAGCUUCAAUCUAUGGUGACCGGCCUUUGUAUAUUAAACGCAUUUUUAAAGGUGGGGCUGCAGAGCUCUCUAGAGCCAUUGACAUCGGAGAUGAAGUCCUGGCCAUCAAUGGCAAAUCCCUGCAGGGUCUCAUGCAUUAUGACGCUUGGAACAUUAUCAAGGCUGUCUCGGUGGGGCCAGUGCAGCUGCUUAUCAAGAAAAAUAAGACUUUGGUAUGACGAUAAGGCCUGUGGCUCUUUUGUAUAUAGUAGCUUAAGAGGAACUGUAAAACACUGUGGUGCCAAAAUGGUGGUUGCCAGGGUAUAGUGUAUAUAAAGCAUGUAUGCGUUUUAACUUUUUACAUUGAAAUAUGACUUUAUUGUAUAUAAGAAUAUAUUUAUGUACAUAUCUUUUUUCCUAAUCAAGUAUUUACAUAAUUUUUGCUGCUAAAGCAGUUACCCAUAAUACACUUCAAGAUGAUGGCAUUGUCUGUGCAGUUUAUAAAUCAAUUGCAAAAAAAUGUUUUUUUCUUUUUUUUUUCUUUGACUAUCUUGACUCUGCAGACAGGUGUUCAUAAUAAUUUAAUGUUGUAAAUGUUUCUUUAUAUAUUAAAAACCAUUAAUUUGGCUUGUCA